AUGGCGCGAUACAACAUUACCACAGCACUCUUCCUCCUGUUCUCCAUAUUUUCCCUUCUUGGAGAAACCACCACCAGCCCCACCCCACCCACCUUUAACAGCUCCUCAUUCGAGACCUGGAGACAGCUCUACAAGAAGACCUACACAGACAAGUCUGAAGAGAGCCUCCGGAGACACAUCUACGAGGAUAACAGGAAGUUUGUGACGGGAUACCGUGACGAGGGGUCUGUGGUCCUGGAGCUGGGAGCUUUCGCAGAUCAGACCCACGAGGAGUUCCUGGGGAACAUCAGGAUAGUUGGAGCGGCCGGGAGAAAUAAGUUUAAGGGGGCUGCAUCGUAUGAGAAGGAUGAAGAGGUAAAGUCAUCUAAAGGUAUGAAAGAAGGUGAAGAAAUUAUUUCCUGUGAAAAUUGGAACGGUGGCGAUGGGGCCUCCCCCUCCUCAAUAAACUGGAAGGAUAAAGAUGCUGUAACGGGGGUAUUAAAGCAGACUUCUCUAUGUCCAGGGAACAGUUAUGCUAUAGCAGCUCUAGGAGCGGUGACAGGACAGUGGUAUCUGAAAUCAGGUCGGAGGAUCGCGUUUUCAGAGCAGCAAGUUGUAGAUUGUUCUAGAAGUUCUGGAAACUGGGGCUGCAACUUCGGGUCUGCAGAACGAACCUACAGCUACAUUAAAAGGAACGGGGGAAUCGCCACAAGGAUUAACUACCCCACGAGAGGACGAGAAGCACAGUGCCGAACAGCCGUCCCCCUGGGACCCACUAUCACGGGGUGCCGCUCAGUGGCAACAGGAGACGAGAAGACUAUGAAACAACUAGUAGGAACAGUCGGCCCUGUUACAGCAGUGCUGGAUAUCAGCCCCCGCUCCAUCCAGUUCUACAAAUCAGGAGUGUACUACGAGAGGACCUGUCACCCACCCUACGCGGACCAUCACGUCCUGGUGACCGGAUACGGGACACAGUACGACCACGGGCUGGGCAAGGUCGUGGACUAUUGGAUCGUUAAGAACUGCUGGGGUACCAAGUGGGGGGAUAAGGGUUAUAUGAAGAUUAUCAGGAACAAGUAUAAUCACUGUGGUAUCGCUAACAGGGUCACUGUGCCGUAUGUUGAUAAGUAACGGUUGGAUAAUGAUGGUAUUGGAAGCACGAAGAUUGACUGUAAAUUAAUUUCUUUAUUUAAUAUUUAAAAUAUUUGACAUUUAUUCGGAGCAGAUAAGAACGAUCGUGAACUUUGGUUUGAGAAAUCAAUGAGAAUUGUACUCGACAGAGGAAUUUUUAUGAAAGUUUGAGCGAGAAAGGAUAUUCGAAAUAUAAUUGUUAUUGAAAUUAACGUUUAUUUGACUGGUUUAUUAAAUGUUUGCAUCAUUGAUUACGAAAUAACAAAUUUACUAUC